GCUUGGGAAACUGAUUCAUUUUCCAGUUAUUUGAAUAAAAUUGAAGUAGUUUCUGUUUGCUUGUUGCGUUAGCUAGGCACUAAUCCCGUAAAUUCCCAAAGUAAGUCCACAAUUGCACUAUCGAACUGCUUACGUUAGUGCAAUAGGGAAAGUUGCGUUUGGCGUCAGUUUUUGAAAGCACGUGAAAGAUAAGAUUUGCGCAACCCGCCAAUUGAUUGACACUACGCCAAAUUUUCAAAGAGGGAUGUACAUGGUAUAUCAAUUAAACAUGGGGUUUUACAUUUACGGUGUUAAUAGUUGAUGCAAAUUGUUCUUGUAAACCAGUGUGACAGCUUUUAUGACUAUUCAACACAAACCCGAAUAUUAAUAUAUCUUCGUAGUGUUUAGAUGAAAGAGAAAAGCGUAGUGCAACCCGAAUUUAAGCACAUGUAAAGUGUUUAUGUUUAAAAAAUGAGUUUGAAGUUUGAUCUCUUUUUAUUCGUAACAUCAUGUUUGUUUUUUCAAGCGUCUCCUCAACGUAAUUUGAAUACCGACUGCACGGUUAGAGGAAGUAAUGCAUUUGGGGUUUGUAGACUUAUAACCGACUGUCCCAGAGUACAAGAUGCGGCGAAUCGUGCUACAGCUACUAUAUGCGGAUUUCAAGGGCGGACGCCGAUUGUAUGUUGCGAGGAAAAAAAGAAAGUACUAGUCAACGAUAAUACAUUUCUGGAUAUUGACAACAAAAAUGGAGAUGAAGGCUUCAUAUUUCCUGAGAACAACGAAUACAUAUGGUCUCAAUCAAAUGGAGUUGAAAGUAUAGCCGAAGAGAAAUGCCGGGAAUAUAGUAAAUCGGUGAUGGGCGUUGUAAAUGCAGUUCCUUUAAUAACCGACGCAGAACCGGUUAGCAUCGAUGUGGUAAAUUGUGACAAUUACGGACUUCCGUUGAUAGUUGGUGGAAGCCCAGCUGCUCCAGGAGAAUUUCCAUUCAUGGCAGUACUAGGUUACAGUACUAACGACGGCAUUGGAUGGUUUUGUGGUGGUACAUUGGUUAGUAACAACUAUGUUAUUACAGCGGCACACUGCGCCUCCACCAUAUAUGGCGAACCUGUCAUUGUGCGUUUAGGAGAAAUAGACCUAAAGAGCGACAACGAUGGUACAGAGUACAAAGAUUACAACGUGGUAAGUGUAAAGGCGCAUGAACAAUAUAGACCACCAUCACAUAACCACGAUAUAGCUUUAAUAAAAUUAUCGAAAAAAGUAACUUUUACCAAAUACAUAAGACCAGCUUGCCUUUGGAAUAAAAAUAAAAUCGACUAUAACGUUAGCAUUGCAACAGGAUGGGGGAAAAUUGGAUUUGUGGAAGAACAAAGCGAUAAGUUAUUAAAAGUGGCGUUGGAUAUUUUCGACAACUCAGUGUGUAGCAGAUCAUAUCAUACUGAUACCUCAAAAUUACCUAAUGGUAUUAUCCCAAAUAUGCUAUGUGCAGGGAAACUUGAAGGUGGACAAGAUACAUGCCAGGGUGACUCUGGCGGCCCAUUAACAAUUACAAAACCCAAAAACCGAUGUGUCUCAUAUCUAAUCGGUGUUACAUCAUUUGGAAAAGGUUGUGGAGGCGCCAAUUUGCCGGCAGUAUAUACCAGAGUAUCACAUUACCUUGACUGGAUCGCAAAACAUAUAUGGUAGUUUGUAAAGUGAAUGUAUUAUAGUUUAUAAGUUACAAUGAAAGUCUUUUGCAAAACGUGUUUUUAAGAA